UGAGGACAAAUGCGCACAAAAAUAACUUUACUAUCCACGUGAACGAGGGGAUCGAUCCGCUGAAUAGCAUCAACGUCUCAGCUCUUCUAGGGGAUAGGUUAGACUCCGCACCUGAUGACACAAGAAGAAAUCAAAGAUUCUCCUGUUUAGAGUUAAAACACUUAUCUUGUUCCCUGUAAUAACAAGCGAAACCAACAGCCAGCAAUGUAAAAGCUUUCCUUCGGUUGUCACUAACAAGUUGUCGACUCGAAUAUGCGUAUGAAUUAGUAUCAUCAAUGUCCCCUGGGCGCCGGUUUCAGGAGCCUAUUACAUGGGCUCCUGGCUCGGUAGGGUAAUCUGUCAGUGACACACUCCUGUUAUCAGCUGAAUUUGACGUCUAAUUGUAGAUAAAUAAUGUAAAGCUUAAAUUUAUAGACUAAAUCUCAAGACUGAGGUAAACAACGAAAUUUUUUUGUUCCUUAAAAGUAAGGAGGAAGGAAAAGAAUUGGGUAGAUGGGAUUUUGCUCUCUUAUUAUUGCUUUUAUCUUCUUAUGUCUCUGUUAUCGUUUAGGAUGAGAGAAAAUAUUCAGGAAAGUGACGGCAGGGAAGUUAAAGUUAUUCAACUUCAGACCCUUGAAUACAACACAUGCUGUUAAAAAGGCCCUUGGGAAAAGCGUCAUACCGCAGACCGCGGAAGAGGCUUUGGGGUCUGGUCACCUGUAGCAGUUAAUUAUAAACCAAACGCAAAGAAUUCAUAUCACCAGGAUACAGUGCAUUCCAAAUUAAAAGCAAUAAUUAAAUCGAAAGAAUGCGAGAAGUAAUUUCUCUGAGUAUGAUUUUCGAUUUGCUUUGAAAAUCAGUGAAGCAGUCGUUUAAAUAAGCCGGUGAGUAGCGGUUUAUGGAAAUUCCAUCAAAAGAAACUGUUUAGAUCUAUCGAGUGAGGCCCUAAUGGUAAGUUACACCGAAGUAAUUUAAUUAACUACAACACUUAAAUAUAAUGAUUGGACCUGAAGAUAAUGGAGAGCAUAAACAUCUUACGUAUUCAAAGUGACUACAUGAGGAUCUUUUAGAAGGGCAUCUAGAUCUCUGCCACUGAAAACUGAUAUAAGGGUGCUGCGCGCGCUGUAGAAGUUUAUUUGUUACGUAUUGUUACGAAACUGAACUGGUUACGAUCGAGAUGGAAGAGAGUUUAUCCGGUUGAAACUAAACCGUAACAACAGAUAUGAACUUCUCCGUGGUUUGGGCUUGAAACUAUGGAGUUUGAUAACAUUGACGCUAACGUCACCAAGCCAGCAACGGCUGCAAAAGUAGAACCAGAAGAGGCAAAUACUUCAAGCUAUCCAAGUAUUCCAAACAAUCUUAUGGAAUUGCCUCAUGAGAACAGAACAGAAUUUGUUGAAAGUGUUCAGUUGCAUUGCAAGGCUGUCAUGGAGAGAGUGCGAGCUGUAAAAGAAUCUUUGAAUCUUCCUGAAACAAGUCAACAUUCACAACGGCCAAGCGAUAGGGAACGAAUCCGUUACUUUUCUCCAGAACCGACAGAAGGUACAAAAAAGAAGUCUUCUGGAUUGGACGUACAGGAUCAGGGUCAAAAGAUUAGAGAGCACGUUGAACGCAUCAUAGAUCUUGUACGAACUGGGAAGAAAGUAGGUUGA